CAGAAUAUCAAGGUCCUCUACUGCUGAGUGAGCCUUCUACCUCGGAGCAGUCAGGAGCUGAAGAAAGUGCACCUACGGUUCUAUUGGAGCGGUCAGCAGCUGAAGAAAGUGGACCUACGAUUGCGAACCAAGAGCCACUGAUGACUAACCUCAAACAUAAGCUGCCCACCUUGGAAGACAUAGACCUGUCCGAUGGUGGCUUUGUAACACCAAAGCAGUCAAGAUGGGAAGAUGGUGUCUCUCGGGACUUCCAUUCAUCAGUGAGGGAGGAAAACGACGUGGCAGAAGGGGUUUCUAGUCCAUCCUUAGAAGUUAUGCUGGAGAAGUCAGACAGGCCUACCAUCCUCUCCACCUUUGAAGACAUCACUGAAGAACUGAAAAAGACAUAUGAGCUGAGGCACAGAAAGAGUCAACUUUGUCUGAAACGUGGAGCCAAAGCACCGGAUUGCCUCACAAAACUUUUAAAGCAUAUCCAUCAGUGCAGACUGAACACAGUCCAGCAAUUCCACCAGUUGGUUCGUCAAGGCCUGAGCCGCCUUGGGGAGGAGCUGCGGGCUCUGAAACAGACUGAGGACGACGUUCUGGAAGUUUGGAGGAAAGAGUACGCUCCAUCAUUCUGUGAUACUCACACUCUGAGAGAUUUUUCAGACACAGAAGCAGGAAGAACAGGAGGAGGAGCCGAGCAGGAGCAGGCGGCUACGGGCCAAGAAGGUGCCCUGGGCUAGAGCCGCCAGCACCAGGCCCAGAAGGGGCAAGAGGAGCUGAGAGCUGCCCCACGUUGAAGAAGUGAGGCUCUGCAACUGCGUGCUUCUUCAUCCUGAGUUAUAGCCUAUUGAUCUUCAUUGAGUU